ACAUGCAACGAAAAUGGAGAAAAAGAUUGCAAACAAAGCUUAAAAGAAUCUUUUGCGAGUGGCAAGCAUUUUACAUUGACAUUGACGAGCCAAAUAAUUAACGUGCGCUGCAUAUUAAAGAAUUAUUGCCAACACAAGUACCAUCUUCUACUUUUCAAACUCACUCCUCUCAUCUCAUCUUUGCCGGAAAGAGACCAUGGCUGAAAUGAUCCUCAGUUUCGUUGUGGAAGCAGCUCUGUCCAGGGUGUCUUCGCUCAUGGCCAAUGAAAUCAUCAGUGCUUGGAAGCUCAACGACGAGUUUAAAGGCCUUCAAGACUCGCUCACCAUGAUUCGUGAUGUGCUUCAAGAUGCAGAGGAACAACAAACGGAAAAAGAAUCUGUGAAGCGCUGGCUGAAGAAGCUCAAGGAAGUAGCUUAUGAUGCUGAGGAUGUCUUUGAUGAGUUAGCCUAUGAGAAUCUUCGACGAAAGGUUGAGAUGCCAGAUCAACCGGGAAUGGAGGUACGCAACUUUUUUUCAUUCUCCGAAGGCAUUCGUUAUGUCAAAAAGGUUGCGUUGCAUGUCAAAAUGGUCCACAAAGUUAGGAAAGUAAAUGAAUCGUUGAAUAAGAUUAAGAACGAAGCUAUGGGUUUUGGACUUCAAGUCUCAUCUAGUGAUAGAAAAAUGCCUCAAAUAGAUUUGGAUCGGCUGACAGACUCAGUCCUUGACAACCCAGUUGUGGGGAGGGAAGCUGAUGUCUCUAAGAUUGUGAACUUGCUGAGUCGUUCCUGUGACCAGCAAGUUCUCACCAUUGUUCCCAUAGUGGGGAUGGGCGGUUUGGGGAAAACAGUUUUAGCUAAAUUGGUAUGUCAAGAAGUAAUAGAAAAAAAGCUUUUUGAUCUUAAAAUAUGGGUUUGUGUCUCUGAUAACUUUGAUGAACAAAGAAUUUUAGGGGAAAUGCUGCAAACUCUCAAUGCAAAUAUGGGUGGGAUGACCAACAAAGAUGCAAUACUUCAACAACUUGAAAAGGCAUUAGAAAGCAAAAAGUUUCUACUUGUUCUUGAUGAUGUUUGGAAUAAUGAAUCUGAUAGGUGGGAUGAGUUGAAGACUCGUUUGAUAAGAAUUAGUAGAAACAAUGGAAAUGCUAUUCUUGUAACAACUCGUACCGAGCAAGUGGCAUCAAUAGUAGAGACUUCUACUCAUUACAGGCAUAAACUGGGUUGGUUAUCCGAUGAUGAAUGCUGGUCCAUUAUGAAGGAAAGGGCACUUAGAAGUGGAAGAAAAUCAAUCCCCACAGACUUGGAGGACAUUGGAAGGGAGAUUGCCGAAAAAUGUGGAGGAGUUCCAUUAGCUGCAAAAGUUUUAGGUGGGACAAUGGGCUUCAAAAUGGACAAGGAAGAAUGGUUGUCUAUUGGAAACAGUAAUGUUUUGAGUAAGGGUAACGUUGAGUCUAUAUUGAAACUAAGUUUUGAUCACUUGCCUUCACAUCUGAAGUCAUGUUUCGCAUACUGUUCAGUUUUCCCGAAAGAUACUCAGAUAGAAAAAGAACAAUUAAUUCGGUUGUGGAUGGCUGAAGGUCUUGUAGGGAUAUCUAAUGAAGAUGAGGCCAACAAGUACUUUAAUGCCUUAGUUCAGAAUUCCUUUUUCCAAGAUGUUGAAAGGGAUGAAUAUGAGAAUGUUAGAUGGUGCAAGAUGCAUGAUCUUGUGCAUGACCUUGCACUGUCACUUUCAAACUCUGAGACGCUGACUUUGGAAAAUUGUUCUGCUGUUGAUGACAUAUCAUGCAUUCGUCGUUCAUAUGUAGAUAGGCAAAAUGCAACCAUUUUAAUGGAAUUUCCAACAGGCGGUGCUAAGAAGUUGCGUAGUUUACUCAUGAAGGAUAUUGAGUUUGAUGGAUCUUGGAAACUGAAAAGCUUGCGUGCCCUACACUUCAUGAGUUCUUAUGAUAUCAAAGAGUUGCCAUCUUCAGUUGGUAAGUUGAAACUUUUGAGAUAUCUCAACAUCUCAUUCACUAAUAUUGAAGUGUUGCCUGAAUUCAUCAGCGAGCUCUACUAUUUGCAAACAUUAAGAUUUCUUAAGUGUCGGUCACUUACAGUAGUUCCUAGAAACAAAAUAUGCAAUCUGAUCAGCUUGAGGCAUCUUGAUUUUGAUAAUAAGUCUCAUAUGCCAUCUAAGGUGGGGCGGUUAACUUGUCUCCAAACACUGUCAUUGUUUGUUGUGGGUCCAAAUAGGGGAGGUAGCAUUCAAGAACUAGAAUGCUUACACCAAAUAAGUGGGGAGUUGGUAAUAAAUCAUCUUGAGGAGGUGAGAGACAAAGCAGAAGCACAGAAAUCAAACCUACAGGAGAAAACGAAAUUAAAAGCCCUUACAUUUGAAUGGAGUGAUGUAAUAGAAAGAAGCAGCAGCAACAACGAUGAGGAAGUGUUGGAAGGUCUUGAGCCUCACCCAAAUAUAGAGAGAAUAAAGAUAAAGAAUUACAGGGGUGAAAAGUUCCCGCCGUGGCUGUAUAAGAUGAAAAUAACGAGUGAUUCUGUCACUGUAUUCGAUAAUUUGGUGGAACUUCAAUUGUUGGAGAGUAGGUGUUGUAAAAAACUCCCAAGGCUUGGACAUCUUCCUCGUCUUAAAAUGCUCAAAAUAGAAAAAAUGAAUAUGAUCAGACGUAUAGAGAAUGAAUUCUAUGGAAUUGACACUGGAAGCAAUGGACAACGGGGACCUUUUCCAGAAUUAAAGAAAUUAUUUUUGAGUUAUAUGCCGAAUUUAGUUGAAUGGGAGGCACCAACUGUAGAUAAAGGAGGCGAAACAGCUGUGUUUUCUUGUCUUGAAGAAUUGAGCAUUAGUUAUUGUGCUUUGUUGACAAAAAUUCCGUUAAGUGAUCUUCCAUUGCUUCAAAGACUGGAAAUCCUUAAUUGUGAAGAAUUGAUCUAUUUAUUCAAUGAACUUCAGUCCUUCCAGUCUCUUAAAAGCAUUAAAAUUGGAUGGUGUAGUAAAUUAACUUGUCUUCCAAGUGGGCUGAAAUCCUUCACUUCUCUGAAAUCAUUGGAAAUAGAUGAAUGCCGUGAGCUGACAUCGGUUCCCGAAUAUUUAGGAGAAUUUCGUUCUCUUAAUGAUUUACGAAUAACAAAGUGUCGAAGUUUGAUUUACUUCCCAAAGACGAUGUUAGGUAGGCUCACUCGAUUGAGGCAAUUAGCAAUUGGUGGUUUCUCUAAGGAGUUGGAUUCUUUCCCUUAUCUGAAUUCAAUCCAAGACCUUCCAUCCCUUGAAUCCUUAACUAUAUAUGGGGAUUAUUAUGGUGGAGGUAGAACAAAGUCUCUGCCAGAUCAACUUCAAUGCCUCACUGCCCUUAACUCAUUGUCUAUAUGGGAUUUCAAUGGAGUGGAAGCUUUGCCAGAGUGGUUGGGCAAUCUUUCCUCUCUUCAAUCCCUUGAAAUUUGGAAUUGUAAGAAUCUGAAGUAUCUACCUACAGCUACAGACAUGCAACGGCUCUCCAAAUUAAGGAAUCUCCGCAUUGCAUAUUGUUCCUUCCUCGGGGCAAAUUGCGCCAAGGGGAGGGGCUCUGAGUGGCCCAAGAUUUCUCAUAUCCCAGACGUACGCAUAGAUGAGUACUUAUAGAUCAUGAAGGAAACGAUGGGGUGAAAAAAGUGUAGAAAAGAAUAUUCUCUUUGAGCUCUGUUGUUAAGGACACUGAACCUAUUUUACAUCUGAAAUCAAGUUUUAGGUAAUUCAAUUCCUUUCAUGUGCAAUAUCAAAAUUGAAAUUGGAUAUAAUUUCUAGAUUCUAUACAUUGAUUACGUAGCAGAAGGCAGAAGGUCAUGCUGACUUAUGUGCAGAAGUUGCAGUUAUGUUUGCAAACGUUGAGGCCUGUAAAUUUGUGUUAAAGUUUCAUAUAUAUGGCGCAGGGAAAGAUCUCAUAUUGGAAGGGCUCAAUCAUUUUUGAAUUCUUGGUGGAUCUCAUGCAAUACUAUGGUGUGGUAUAAUUAUUAAUGUCUAUCCAAAUUGUUUUUACACUCAAUUAAACCUCCUUACUUGAAAAAUCACUUCAUGUUUAUUGUUACAGCAUUAAAUUUUCUGGCUCCAUUUCCACUCUCUUUUUUUUUUUGGUGAUUUCCUUCACAAAGUAGCUGUGGAAUGAAGAGAAAAUAUUGGAAGAUGGACCUCCAUACAAUACUUCAUGAGCAUGUCUUUGGAGCCAUCAACUUUGUCAAGUGAAAGACCAAAAAAACUUUGGAGAUUGAUAUUCUGGCCUUUUGUUAGCUCUUUGUAGGAUUAUGACUUCUAAAUUUUGAGUUCAAGCAGCAAGACUGAAUACAAAAUAGAGAUAAGUUUACAUCAACAAUUCCAGCUUUGAGCCUGUUCUCAUCACGUUGCCAGCAUCCUUCAGCUAAAACUGACUAGAGGACCAAGAAAUCUCACUUUGCAAUUGGGACGCAUUAGAAGAUGGAAUGGAAUUAGUGAGUUCAAGCUUUAAGAGUAGACAAAGCUAGUGAUAAAGCUCCAUGGAAACUCUCCUCUCUGCUCAACUCUUUCUCCUGCAAUCUCUUUGAUCUACCUCAGGUUGUUUUUGUCCAUAAAUUGAGGGAAGCAAGUAUGGUUGCUGAAUCUUUAGCUAAACAGGGUCAAUCUCGUAAGCCUGAUUUUGUGGCCUUGUUUUAGAAUUGUUUUGGCUUCAGACUUUUUUCUUGUUCUACUAUUUUUUCAGUUUGGUUGUUUCACUCCUCUUUUGCUUUGGUCUUAUGAUGUUCUCUGCUUUGGUGUUUUUGGAGUGAGGUGAUUGCUGGUUUAGGUCGGGUUCUUUGGGGAAUGCCUGUUGGCAUGGGUUAGGUGGCAGCUCUCCUCACCUCCUGUAUAUUUCUUUUCUUCAAUAAAAUUUCUUGCUUACAUAUA